GCUACUCAGGAGAAACGAAAUGAUCUGCCCUGGAGCCGCAGCAAAAUGCUGGAUGGACACCUACUCCUGGGAUGGUUAACGUUCACAGUUAUAGUGUAUCUUCUCAACUUGCCUGGACCAACCGCAGCAUAUUUCGGGUUGACAGGUAAUGAACCGUUGUCUAUCCUGCCACUGAACUCUCUACCGGAGGAGAACGUGGGCAGGGCCCACUACAAGCUGUGCGACCGGCUGAAACUGGAAAAGAAGCAGCGCAGGAUGUGUAGACGAGACCCGGGCGUGGCGGAGACCCUGAGAGAGGCCAUCACCAUGAGCGCCCUAGAAUGCCAGUACCAAUUCCGCUUUGAGAGGUGGAACUGCACCUUAGAGGGGCGCCACCGAGCCAACAUUCUAAAGAGAGGAUUUAAAGAGACAGCCUUCUUGUAUGCCAUCUCCUCGGCCGGCCUGACCCAUGCGAUGGCCAAGGCUUGCAGUGCGGGACGCAUGGAGCGCUGCACGUGUGACGAGGCCCCGGACCUGGAGAACCGCAAGGCGUGGCAGUGGGGAGGCUGCGGAGACAACCUCAAAUACGCAAACAAGUUUGUCAAGGACUUCCUGGGCAAACGCUCCAACAAGGACCUGCGUGCUCGCGUGGACAUGCACAACACAAACGUGGGCAUGAAGGUAAUCAAGGCCGGAGUGGAGACCACUUGCAAAUGCCACGGCGUUUCCGGCUCCUGCACCGUCCAGACCUGCUGGAGGCAGCUCCAGCCCUUCCACGAUAUCGGCAAGCAGCUGAAGCAGCGCUAUGAGACCUCCAUUAAGGUCGGCAGCUCCACCAAUGAGGCCACGGGGGAGGGAGAGAUCGCCACGGGCCGGAGCCAACAGCAGCAGCAGCAACAGCAGCAGCAGCAACAGCAGCAGCAACAGCAGCAGCAACAGCAGCAGCAGCAGCAACAGCAGCAGCAGCAACAGCAGCAGCAACAGCAGCAGCAGCAGCAGCAGCAGCAGCAACAGCAGCAGCAACAGCCCGGCCUGAGCGAUCAGAUCCCUCGCACUAUGGACUUGCUCCACAUCGAGGACUCGCCCAGUUUCUGUAGACCCAGCAAGUACUCGCCAGGCACGGCGGCCCGUAAGUGCUACAAGGACAAGAACUGCGACGCUAUCUGCUGCGGGCGAGGCCAUAACACUCAAAGCAGGGAAGUGACCCGGCCCUGCCAGUGCCAGGUGCGCUGGUGCUGCUACGUCGAAUGCAAGCAGUGCACACAGAGAGAGGAGGUCUACACCUGCAAAGGGUAAACCGGCGACCUGUCGGCCCCUACGAUCAGUGGAGCAAGUGAAAGAUGGUGGUGUUGAAGGGGAGUGGCUGUUUUGUUCCCAAACAAGGUUCUGCUUCCACUGUCGGAACAGUGUUCUGCAAACACAAAAGAGGAGCGAGCCGAUGGAGAAGCAAUAAGCACUUUGAGUUGGGCUUCAGAGGUCCUGUGGCCCCCCGUGUCUGGGGUUUGCAGAUAAAAAAAAACCCAUCUCAGACAACUGGGAAAAUAUCUCAAGCUUCUUUUUUUAUAAAUCACAACUUUGCCUUGAAGAGAGAAGCUUUUAUUUUCCCAUAAAAUAAAAAUCCUAUAUCAUCUUUUUACAAAAAAAUCUGAGAUUAGCGUCCAGCUAAUGAGGAUCAAACGCAUGGACAGGAACACCAUCAGACUGGAUUCUGGGGUCAAAGAAGAAUGGUGUGUGUGUGUGUGUGUGUGUGUGUGUUGGUCAUUCUUUGUGUUUUUUUGUGAGCACGUGAUAGAUGGCGAGGGGGGUUCGAAUGACGACUUGUAUGGCAAUGAAAACCAUAUUCAGAGACUGCUAAAAAGAAAAAAAAAAAAAGACAGGGUGUAAGAUUUACUUUACACGCACAUAUUUACACUCGCACACAUUGUGUGUUUGCAUAUGUAUAUAAAUAAAUUCAGUUAUAUUGUAAUGAUAUUAUACAAGCCACUUAUCUAACUAUGUUAAAACAAACCACUAACCACACAAAUGUUUUGUUGUUUGUGUGCUCUCGCUCGUUUUUCUUCUUGAUUCAUGUUGACAAGGCCCUUUGGAAAGCAGCACACUUGCGUCCAUCGUCUUGCUGUGGAUAAUUUAUAGAUCCUUUGGGACUACUCCUUCACAGGGAGAAGAAAAUCUUUUUUUUUUUUGGUAUUAAUAUAAUAUGAAGCUGUUAAUAAAUGCAUUAACAGAAAAUAACUUAACCAGUCAGUUUAGGCUAUUCUCGGCCUUGAGCGAACCAGUGUUCAGGGAAUAACUUAAACCACUAUAACUAUUUGGAUUAAAUAGGAGAGAAAUAGUGCAAAGACAAGUGGAGAUGACAGUGGCCUUUUUAUGACGGCCAACAUCAUCGCAACAGGUGAUGACCAGCAAACGGUCCACGUGUGACUCGCAUCAGACAAUUUUUUUUUUGAGCUCUGCAGAGUUUAAAUCUUUUUAUGUUUGUUUAAGUUUUAAUACUUUUGAAGUUGUAAAGAAAACUGUGGCGAACUGGAGGAAUGUAGCCCCCCUACCAUUUCACAUCCUUCUUUCCUCUUCAGCUGCCACGAUGUGAUUGAGCCAUAUUCAACACGUGUAGACAUGUACAGUGGGAGCUGCAUCGGUCAGUCCAAACAGUAUUGGGCAACUGAGACGGAAAUCUAACUUGACGUGUCUGAAGAAUUGCUCGAGUGAAGAUGAAUACGCAAGUCUCAUAGCUAAUGUAAACAUAUUUAAUAAGACUAACAUUUGUGUAAUGUUCGGCAAAUUGAUGUCUAAAUGCAAAUAUUGGGGUUUUGCAAAUCAGGUCUCUUCAUUCAGACGUCAGUGAAAUUGUUAUAAUACGUGGGUUGAUUUGCUUUUUCAGAUCGUUGACACUAUGCAGCAUACUGAACCCUGCCAUGCAACUACAGUGACGGUUUAAAAGGAACAGUUUGAUGUUUUGGGAAAUACUCUUAUUCACUUCCUUGAGUUAGAUUACUGAUACUGCUCUCAUGUUUAAGGCUACAGUCAUAAAGAUCUGUUUAUCAUAAAGACUGGAAACCUAAAAUAUAACAUGCCAAUCGGUGAACUUCAGGGAUGCUGGUAGGCCGAUUUUCUUUCCUGUCUCUAUGCUAGGCUAAGCUAACUGGCUGCUUGCUGUAGUUUCAUAUUUAUUUGACAUAUAUGAGAGUCGUACUGAUCUUCUCAUCGAAUUAUCAGCAAGAAAGUGAAUAAGCGUACUUGUCAAUCUAAAAUGUCAAACCAUUGCUUUAAGACAAAAUGAAAUCAAAGGUUUAAUUUUAUGAGAAAGGUCUCUGAACACACAAACAAUGCAGACAAUAUUAUGUCAUUGUAUUCUCAGCACUUAGCCUCUGGGAACAUUAUGUUAUAUACUAUAAGUUAUGACUUGUUUUAGAUGGGUGUGAAUUAACUACUGAGUGAGGGACCCAGCUUUGUAUUAUAGCACCAUUCACGCACUGAAGCCCAAAAGCCCUUUAAAGUAUUUUAAGAUCUGUAUUUAUAGAUGCAGUGCAGUUCAGAUUUUUGUUUCUUUAAAAAAAAAAAAAAAAAAAAAAAAAGUAAAUAUUAAAGGUUUCUUCUCCUGUGGUAUAGAGACAAAAGUGAGGCACAUGUUCAACUCUCACAAGCAACUGUAACAGAAAUUGGUAGCAUUAGGAAUGUUCGGCUGAGACGUUUGUGGAAUCAGCACACAGCUGCUGUAACGAGAUGGUUACAGAUUGUAAUCGGCGAUGCAGCACCAUUGCCGACCAUCCUUAACAGUGGCUCUUACCUUUGAACAGAUGGUUUUAGUCUGUAAAGAUGAUUAUCACAAGAUUUGAAAUGAAAGCGCCGUCCUCGACAGCAGUAUCAUGCUUUAGGUAGAGAGCCUCGCAUGGCUUAUUUGUCCGGAGGAGAUGAAUUCCUAGCAUUUUGAUAUGAGGAGGCAUGCCAAAUAAAGACUGGUCAAAACAUAUACAUAGAACUUUGCACGCAACACGGAAACCAUAAUAGCUAUGCGGAGACCUGAAGCAUAAAUGCCAGCUUCCCACAACUUUCGUGUGUGUGUGUGUGUGUGUGUGUGUG